ACCCCGCCGAUCCCAUGAGCCGCGAGCCUUGUCCAUGAUGAACCGAUUUUUCUCUUAUUACUGUGUAUCUCCCUUCUGGGAGGGAUUAUCUUACAUAUAUCUCUUUACCUGCUUUUAAGGCAAACUUUCGUUGUGGUCCUUUCCUUGCUUAUUCCAUAUACUAUUGCUAUAGCCCCCAAAAUGAACUCAGCUUCACCUACCACUACCGCCUCCACGAAUAGAGGUGGUCGUCCGAAGGAAUGGACAGAACCCCGCGCUAGAAGGCUAGUACGGCUUUAUGUCUACACAAAAUUACCUUUCGAUCUCAUAUUAAAACUUCUGGAAGAUGAGCUUUGGAAACCUGGUAAGGAUGCCGCUAAUAAGGUCAAAAAUCAACUUCUCGGAAAUGAUCCUCGAUGGAUAAGACCCAAGGAUGACGAUGACGAGAAACGGCGCAUUACGGCUCUCAGGAACAGUCGGCGUGGCACAAAACCCCACCAAAACGCAUCUGCUUCUAGGGCCAGUUGUAACAUAUUUGGCUCCAGGUACCCCGAUGAUGACAGUCUUACCCUUGCUCAAUCAAAUCAGCAUUCCUUUGAGGGGACCUACGCAGCUGUUAUCCCCAAGCAGGAAGCGCUUGACUCCGGUAUUGACAUUCGAGCUGACAUCCCGCCCAUUGGUGAUUACGAUGCUCACCAUUUUUCUUCUUGGAUCGACAAUGAUAUGAAUACCUCUCGUCAAGGAACUGGUCUAACAAAUUCUACCGACACUAGUAUGAGUAAUAGUUUUCGAGAGAAACUUACCACCGUGUCUCGAGACCAGGCGAAAGGGGCCUGGCGGGUUUUAAAACAAUUCACUUUCCCCAAAGAUCCUGAUUUACAACGAGGGACUUCCUUUUCCCCGGUGUUUUCUCCUGGAGCACAACUUCAAACUACUCCCAAAGACAUCCAAAUUGCUGAAGGAUCAGCAACCCACGGUUCAUUUAGCGCGCAUUACACUCUACCCGGAGACUUUUUGAAUACGGAUUCAUUUGCCAAGAGAGGCACGUGUGAAGCCGAGUAUUCGCCCCACAACACAGAGACCUGCUGGUGUUGUGUUGCUGGUAGCUUAAUGCCGGCUCCGACCAGAUGGCCAAUUGACAUUACUCAUUUCACCACCCACAAUAUCGGUUCAAGCGAAAUAUAUCGAAGAAUAGAUGACUUUGGGAAUACGGCAUUUCAUUACCUCGCUGCGACGAGUAGAGAUCGUGUGUCUUUCGUUAACCUCAUCUCGCAAGCACUAAGAUUUUCGAAUCUACCGGUUCACCAUAUGAACACCGCUGGGCAAACCUUUCUUCACGUUCUCCACCAGUCAUGGUUUGAUGACGACUUCCUUCUAGACCAGCUUCUCAACCUGCUCAAGGACGCCAGAUUCGAUAUCCUCGCAACAGAUGUCUACGGCCGAAGCUUUUUCCAUUUGCUACAGAAUAAGAAGCAAGACCUUGCUCGCAUCCCGGCUCACCUGUUUGAUUGGAAUUUAUUAAAACGGCGAGAUGCUUUUGGGGUUAAACCAAUGGAGUCCCGGGCGCGACACCUCGAGCCCCACACAACGCAAGCUAUACGUCGCACCGGCCAGAUGAGCGCAAGGAGCCCAACCAAGCCAGGGUUUUCACCUGCAUUACUUGAGAUACCCUCUGGUCAUGGAGACGAAUCUCGGAUCCGGCCCCAAGCUGAGCUUCUGCAGAUCGUUGUCGAUGCCAUAAAAGUUGAUAGUGUUAACUCUACGCAACCUAAUCCCCGAUCAGAGGAUUCUCGGGGCCGUAACGCGCUGCAUUGCCUCGCAGAAGUCGAACUGGACGUUCAUCGCGUAGAAGAUCCAAUUCAAGACAAUCAGCGACAGAAGAAAAGGAAAUAUAAGGAGGAAGAUGGCGAAUUAAGCCCUAUGAAUAGCAGCAGUGUUAGGCGGCUGGAAUAUCUCGAAGGUAUCCUUUUCGCAGGGGUUGAUGUCGACCAUUACGACAUGCAAGGCCAAACGCCCUUGAUGGCUUUCAUUAGGUAUAGGCCUGAAGACUCCAAAUUUGAUAAAGAAAGCAUGGAGAGAGUUGUCAGAAGGCUUCGCGACGCCGGUGCAAACUUAGAGAAACGCAAUCGCGAAGGAGAAACUGCUCUCCAUGUCGCCGCUCGUUCGGGCAAGAAAGUUGCUCUGAAGGAACUCCUCCAAUUGGGUGCCAAUCCCUACGCUCGCGAUGCCUGUGGCUUGAGUGUCCUCGCCGCAAUUGACGAGUUGUGGGCUAACACCGAAAGGGAUGGCGCGCUUACCGCACGGCUGGAAGCAUGUCGGGGCAUUUUCACGAGUUUAGUUCCAUGUGAAGCCCAGGAGCCUACCGUUUUACAAGAAUGGGGAGCAAGACGACCAACAAUCGCGUCGCUGCAAUAAUUCGCAAUCUGCAGCUUGCCUUCCCUUCAGCGGCGCUACGUUAGUGUAGGAUUACUGAGGAGUUU